AGCCCACCUCGUCUCCCACCCCCCAUCUCCAACCCUACCCCGUGCUCUACCUCACGAAAGCUGCCCAGGUACGCCCCGCAACCAUAAACGCGACGCCCAGAGAAGAUGUGAGUGCGUUAAUGCCUAGGCUCGUACGCUACGAGCAUCUACAUAUCUACUGAUACACCCCGGACCUUUCUCGGCCGUCUCACUUCAUCCCAUCCACGGAUCCACCUGCAGCCGGCGUAAGCUUCCAUGGAGCCGCCACUUUCUCCGCUGGGCGCCGGCGCUGUCUGCUGCAUGUGCGGCGAUCGCGGCCUGCCGCACGAGCUGCUCCGCUGCAAGCUCUGCCGCGUCCGCCUGCAGCACAGAUACUGCAGCGAUCUGUAUCCGAGGGCCACGGCGUACAGGAGGUGCAACUGGUGCCUGAGGGAGCCCGCAGAAGCCCAUGCCCAACCCCACGCUCAGCCGGUGAAAAACAAGAAGGCGGAGAAACGGAAGAUGGUGGCAUCAACGGAGACGUCCGCCUCCGGCGAGGAGGAGCGGCGGCAGCACGAGGCCGGAUGCACCACUGCUACGAGGUCGAGGAGAUCGGCUGCGGAGGUUGGUAAGCCGGUCAAGAAGCCCAAGGUCGACGAGAGGCCACCGCUGCCCCCGUCGCCAGGCACGGCAGCGAAGGGGAACAGCGGUGACACGAAGCCCAAGGUCGACGAGAGGCCACCGCUGCCCCCGUCGCCGGGCACGGCGGCGAAAGGAAACAGCGGCGACAAGAAGCCUAAGGUCGACGAGUGGCCGGUGCUGCCCCCGUCGCCGGGCGUGGCGGCGAAGGGGAACAGCGGUGACAAGAAGCCCAAGGUCGACAAGAGGCCAGCGCUGCCUCCGUCGCCGGGCACGGCGGCGAAGGGGAACAACGGCGACAAGAAGCCUAAGGUCGACGAGUGGACGGCGCUGCCCCCGUCGCCGGGCACGGCGGCGAAGGGGAGCAGCGGCGACAAGAAGCCGAUGCAGGCGGGGAAGCUGGCGCGGCCGGGUAGGGUCAAGGUGAGGAGGUACAAGCUCCUGGCAGAGGUGAUUAGCUGCUAGCUAGGAUCACGGAAUCAAAAGGGGAAGUAGCUGGCAACUAGCCAAAUAGCUAGCCACCGUCGACAUUGUAUGUAAAUAUCGUUUGCCCGUCGUGUACGGGUUUUUCGUCUCUUUUUGGGGAGAGAGUCGACUACCGUGCUAGUCCUGUACAAAUCUUAAGCCGUCAGUUUUUUAUACCAGUUGACGUGCAUAGAUGGUGCGGUUUGACUUUACGUC